AUGAUGAAAUUCUCCGUUGUUGUUGUUGUUGCUGUUUGUUUGGUUCUUGCAAUGACGAUAGUCAUUGAUGGAUUCACUGUUGAUACGGACUCUACAACGAUGUAUAUUCCUGCCGUUGAAACAAACAAUGGAGAUGUUCAAGAGCGUUUCUCGCAGAUAAAACUUAGUAAACGAUUCGCAAGUCGGGAUCGCUAUUGGCCCCAAAAUACAGAACUUGUUCGAGGCUGCGGUGCUGACUGUGGCGACGAUAAAAUUUGUAAAAAUUGUAGGGGUCGUUGGAUAUGUGUUCCAGAAGAUGCUCGCUGUUCAAUCGAACAAUACCCAGAUAAAUGA